AUGAAGAUACCGAUUCUCGCCCUUGCCGCUCUCACAGAUGCUGGGAAAGGUGGCAAAAAAGCACUCUUGAGAAGUUUUCUUCCAAUGGCCCGCUGCUUAAUGGACGAAAACAUCAUGGGCCCAGUGGAAAACGGCCAAGUCGAUUGCAAGGGAAACGAGUGCAAGCUCAAGUGCGAAGAUAACUAUCAUUCCUACGGAGGGCCGCAAACAGUCAAAUGCAAGAGGCAUACUUCUGACAAGGGAGUUAGCUGGACCAGGCAAAUUGGCGAGUGCAAAACUUGCCGAGAUCUGAAUCUAACUGACAUAGACGAAGAUAUUUUUGAGAAACAAUGCGAAACAAGUGACAACGGGCUGCGAUCAUGCACGAUAUCAUGCCGGAAUAAUGCAAAUAUCGAACCACUGAUGAAACGAAAAGUCAAAGUCUUUUGUAAAUGUAUCUGGGGACGAGACAAAGAUGGCUUCUGUCACUGGAGAUAUGGCGCACGAGUCGUGGACAACCCGGACUGGACAAAGUUCUUCUACGGCGAGUGGUCAUGUGGCGAGACUCUCAAGCCGACAAAACCGCCCAAAGGACACAAAAAGCAAAUUUCAACUACGAGCGCUUCAGAAACAACGACAAGCGUAGAUGAUACAAAAGUUUAUAGAAUUCCACAAAAGUUGGUUUGUCCGGUGUCUGUCGACAGAAUAAUUGGAGGAAUUGAAGCUGUUCCUCACAGCUGGCCCUGGGCAGUCCGGAUCUAUUUCGGAUUCGCUGGAUGCGGUGGAACCAUUGUCGACGGUCGAACUAUCGUCACUGCUGCCCACUGUUGCCGAGGAUAUCAAUUACGGCCGGAAAAGAUCAAGGUCGUCGUAGGAGAGCACAAUUUGAAGACAUACGAUAUUGGACAAUUCACUACAGACGUGCGAAAAGUCAUCAUUCAUCCAGAAUAUCAGCCACGAAAUCUGAGAAACGAUAUCUGUCUUUUAAAAGUGGACGAUAUGGACCUCGCGCGCACGAAUAGCGCUGCUCACGCCUGCCUGCCCGAAGAUAACUGGCAUCCCGAAGUUGGCACACGUUGUUACGCUGCCGGAUGGGGACGAAUGAACGGGAACAAGCCCGCCACCGUUCUUCAAGAAGUUGAUCUGAAGAUAAUCUCCGAUGAGCGAUGUAUGGAGACGCCAAAUGCUGGGUAUUUUGCGGAAGGAGAAAUGUUCUGCGCGGGGCACCUCAAUGGCGGGAAAGAUGCUUGCCAGGGCGACUCCGGAGGGCCACUGAUUUGUGUCAAGAAAAUGGGCGUCUGGACAAAGGUCGCCAGCUACACGAAAUGGAUCAAGGGCCACAUGAUGUCCGGCUCGUUUUUAGGAUAG